CGGCACGGGAGAAUGCGGACUGCAGGGGUCGCGGUCGCUGAGGAGCGCUGGGCAGGUGAUGCUUUUGUGAAUCACAACUUUAAAUAUUCAAGCCAACUGCUUCUAUCAUCAAGAGUAUUUGUAUUCACAUUCAUAGUUUUAUUUUUUCAAGAUGAGUCACAGUAAAUUAAUUCCCAAGCUCUCCAUUCGCUCUCCUAUCCGUCAUACCAACUUAAAGGUCCAGUCCACAGAGCCACCUUUCAAGAAAGACUUACAUCUGAUUGCAAAAGACUCCUUGGAAUCUGAUUUAGAAAGCUUCACGCAAGAGAGGAAGUCCCAAUCUGAACUUGAAGAUCAAAUCCAGGACAAUAUGGAGCCCGACAGCUUGGAGGAGGAAAGCCUGAGUGAGACAGAAGAGGAAGCAAGCAGAAAAGUAGCUCAGAAGGAUGGCAAGGAAACUCUCCAUACCCAGAACAAAGGCACGAACGACAGCCAACAGCCUGUGGAGGAUAAAUAUUCAGACCUCCGAUACGACCCAAACUGGAAGAAUAAGAAAGAGGAGGGGAUGUUCUUGACUGUGGAAGGCCUGCCAGAGUCUGUAGACAGCUCUACUGAAAAUCUGACUUCGGAUCCACUAUACCCCUCCAAAGAGACAUCCAUGGAACUCUCAGGGGGAAAAGGGGAACAGAAGAGGAGCCCACAGAGCGUUGCCUCCUUACUUGGCAGUGAAUUUUUAAGCCCAAACUAUGAGCGUGGCACCCAUCGCGGCCAGCCAUCUUCAGAACUGAGCGACAGUGAUCUGGGGGACAAGUCCAGCAAGCUCUCUCAGUACUUGAAGAGUUCAAGUUCACAUAAUGAGGUUUUUCUGCCAGGAUCACGUGGCCCUCGGCGAAGAAAGUCCAAACAAUAUUUUGUGGAAAAAAACAAGCUGACUUUGGGAUUACCUACUCCUAAAACAGACUCUUAUCUUCAGCUUCACAAUAAAAAAAGGGGGGAAAUUCUCUUGGAACAGAUAUCCUACCCCAUCAGUGCAACCAAUAAGACGUCCAUUCAGAAUGCCAAAGAGAUUGAAGACACUGCCAUCAAUCCUGAAGACAAAUGGCAUCAAAGAGCCCAACAGUUAAAGAAUCACCAGGAACACUGGUCUCAAUACGAAAGUGCAAAAUCAAACAACGUACUGAGACAUCAAUCUUCUGAAACAACCAACGGCCAGAAGCCUUCCAGAAAACCAGCCAAGCGCAAGACUCGAAAACAGCAUCAACGCCAGCAUGGCCUGAAGUCUUUGGUGACUGAGGAGCUGGCUGUCAGUCAAGGAAACCAGAAUAGCAUUCCCAGACAGCAAGCAAACCAAAAUAAGCCCACUGAUCCUUCAGUAAAGCAUGAAACCAUUGUAAUUAUGAAUGCCCCUAAUGAUCUACAAGACUCAAGUGCAUUUAGGAGUCAGGAUCCCAAAAUAACCUCCAGUAAACUUGGUCCACUACAGCAGGCUACUGACAAGGCAUUAUAUAACAACUCUACUGGAUAUCAGCUGGUGACGAACAUCCAUCAAGAAAGAGGACCCAGGGGCCAAGAAGAGAAAAGACGGUCACAUCAGCAGUCACACAUCAACACUCUUUCCAAUAUGGACUUGAACCACCUUAACGAGCUUAGUAAGAGACAAGGGCCCCUGAGCCAGAAGGGUUCACAGUCUGUUCCUACUGCAAAUGUUAAUGGAUCAACCAGAAAUAAGAAGCAACCCAAGUGGGCUUACACAGAGACAAAAUAUAAGAACUUAGAAAUAUUAUGGAAAUUCCACUCUUCCUCGGACAGCCAGCCUGUUAGAGCUUCUCCAGAUUCGCAGCUCGCUCAGAUCAUACAGCAACAUCAGCAAGCCUUAAAGCAGCUGACGGAGGUGCAGCCUAAUGAAGGGGCCUCGUCCAGCGUCACAUUUCCACCUAUAUUGUCCAGGGUGGAAAGCGAAUCCCAACUCAGCUCAGAGAGGAGUCAAAGAAACCAAAUGAAAAUGGGUCGUAGCAAUUCUGAAGGCUACCUGUUUCAGCUGGAAAAAGGAAAGAAGCAUAGGAAAAGAAGCAGCAUCAAGAGUUCCAAGCUGAAAGGUUAUCAGAAAAGAGAUGUGAAGCUUGGAGGCCUUGGACCUGACCUUGAGUCCAUCAGAGACAAAAUGCAGAAAUUAAUCCAAAAAAAGGAAUACGCCAAACAAGUUCAGGAGUAUAACAUGAAGACGCUAGCCCUUCUGUCAAAGCCACAAACAGCAAAAACUGAAAGUAAAUCUGCUGUCCCUCGGCAAAAGGCUUUGGAAUAUGCUAAGACCAUCCCCAAACCCAAACCUUCGAAUCCGACUCAUCGAACAUCAAAGGAAAAGAAAAAUCCAACCUAUGCUCAAAAGGAAGAUGCUCUGCCUGAAAUCUCACUGCUAGAGAUAUUGCAGAGCAGACACGAACGGGAAAAACAGGCUGUGGCUGCUUUCAAAGUCCUUCACAUUGUAUAGACCACAGAUGUGUCAGAGACCAAAAAUGCCCAGGGACUGGACACAGAGGAAGAAGUCCAGCCAACCUCCCUGCAUGGAGAGGGAGAUGCCCCAAUGUCCUCUAACUGUGGUCCACGUUUGCUUUGUAUGGAAUUUAAAAUAUGGAGCCAUACUACAUUAUGGUGCCAUAUUUUAAGUUCUACGAAGAAUAUCUUCUUCAUUAUUUUCAAAUCACAAAUUUUGAACUUACUCAGUUUGAAGAAGAACUAGAGA